AGUCAGCUGCUCGAAAUGACACACCAAAACAAAGCGUAGAAGAAGCCCUAUUUUUUUGGCCAUUCAAAGAACGAUUUCAAAACAGACAUGGGUGGGUGCCUAUCCUGCUGCGGCAACAGUGCCGAGGAAACCAACCUGAUGCCAUCGCCGGAGGAGCGCCGUCAGCAGCAGUUGGACGCGGCGGAAAAGCGUCGCCAGGAGAGCGAAUCGCGUGGCAUCAAAAAUCCUGAGAAUGUGCGCAGGCAGCAACAAAGGGCGCUGGAGCAGGAACGACGCGAAGCCGAGGCGGAACGCCAAGGCCAGGCACAGCCCACGCUGAAGUGGCAAACGACUUAAUGUUACAGUGAAUGACAGCCACCCACCGCAGCUGCCUGUCCAUCUGCUUUUAAAGCGCGGGACAACGUCCGCCGUUCAUCUGUUUGUUGUUGUUGUGGAAUUUAUCCGUGGUACCAGGGUACAUUUUCUUUUUUGUAUAUCUAUAUUUUGUAUGUAUGUCUACUUCUACCUGUAAAGCACACUCCAAGUUGUUUUUAAAAAAAGCGUUUAACUGUGAACCAAAUUUUGCCACCAAAAAUAAAAGACAAAUCGAAAAAUUAU